AAAACAUUCUAAUUUUAUUUUUCUUUUCUUUUCCCGUCACUCCCCUCCAACCAAACAAUGGUAACCAAGCCUGGUUCAAUUCACAAAGUAAACGAAAAAAGUCUCAUACUUUUCUUUUUGAACAGUAGAAAAAGUUCCAUAGUUUAAUCAAAGAAACACAACACUAUUCUCCACAGACACAACGCUCUCUCUAUACUUACAACCAGCAUGGAAUUCCCCUUUGGCCACCAGUCUCACACCCACCACCACCACCAGCGAAACAACGCCGAUGAUGAUGAUGAGAGUAGACAAUUCUACCCUCCACCUGCCUCGGCUCCACCACCUCCAUAUACAAGAGACAAUGAAUUUGCCCCGCCUCCUCCAUAUUUUCAGGAACCUGACUUUCCACCGCCACCGACAAGACCCUAUUACCGAGAAAAUGAAUAUGCACCGCCACCACCACCUCCACCAGUUCAACAAGCCCAUGUCUAUCACUCCUCUCAUAAUCAAGAACUGGACUCUGAUUAUUACCCACCACGACCACCUACCCAAGUGACCCAUGUUUCUCAUGAAAGAAUUGGCACUGAGACUCAAACCCAUCAUUCUUUUCAGCCCCAUUUCCCAUCUUUCCUUCAGCAUCAUACCCAUCAGUCUGGUUCUGCUUCUGGACUUGACUUAUCUAAUAAACCUACCUAUAAGGUUUAUUCCAAAGCUGAACCUAAUUUUCACCUCACUAUUAGAGAUGGGAAAGUGGUUCUUGCACCUUCCGAUCCUUCUGAUGAGUUUCAAAAUUGGUAUAAGGAUGAGAGGUACAGCACGAGAGUGAAGGAUGAGGAAGGUUUUCCCUGCUUCGCUUUGGUUAAUAAAGCCAGUGGUCAGGCCAUGAAGCAUUCUAUUGGAGACACUCACCCAGUACAGCUGAUACCUUAUAAUCCAAAUGUUCUUGAUGAGUCUAUUCUCUGGACUGAGAGCAAGGAUUUAGGUGAUGGUUAUAGAGCUGUGAGGAUGGUUAACAAUAUUCACCUGAAUGUUGAUGCUUUCCAUGGUGAUAAGAAAUCUGGUGGUGUUCAUAAUGGUACUACUAUUGUUCUGUGGAAAUGGAACAAAGGAGAUAACCAGCGAUGGAGGAUCACCCCACACUGAACCUGAAUGCUGGUGUUCCUAUUUCUAGCAGUUGUAUCACAUUUGGUAGGAGUGUUCCUUAUCUUCUUUGCGAGCGAGAGAGAGAGAGUUGUAUAUUGUUGGACUCCUUAGUAUGAAAUGUUGAUGUUGUAUUUCAGUGUGCAAGCAAUCAUACUGUAGAUUCCUGUGACCUUCAUAUAUCUAUUAGUCGUAUGGCAUUACUGUUAUUAUAA